UUCAAUUUAAAGGAGCCGGCGAGGAAGUCUUGAGGGGUUUCUCUACACCCAUAGGGGGCAGCUGGAGUCGGCUGCUGCGGUGGUGCGGGGGCGGAGAAAGGGUGGGGACGGGCCCCGCAGGGGGCGAUGCGGUAGCUGCAGCGGCGGCCGCAGGAGUUUCCCACAAUGCAGCGCGGCGCGCUGUCCCCGGUGCUGAUGCUCAGCGCUGCCCCGGAGCCUCCGCCUCGCCCGCCUCCAGCGCUCUCCCCGCCGGGCCCCGGGCCCCGCCAUGGCUCAGCCCGACCGGGUCCCGCCGCAGAGCCGUCGGGGGGACUGGGCGCAGCGCUCGACAGCAGCCUACGGACCGCCGUGGCAUUCAAGGCGGAGGGCCAGCGCUGCUACCGGGAGAAGAAGUUCCGGGAAGCCAUUGGCAAGUACCACCGGGCGCUGCUGCAGCUGAAGGCGGCGCAAGGGGCCCGCCCCGGGGGGCUGUCCGCCCCCGCCCCCGGGCCCGCCGGCAGCCCGGGCCCAGCCCGCCUGAGCGAGGAGCAGCGGCGCCUGGUGGAGAGCACGGAGGUGGAGUGCUAUGACUCUCUUACGGCUUGCCUGCUGCAGUCGGAGCUGGUGAACUACGAGCGGGUGCGCGAGUACUGUCUCAAGGUGCUGGAGAAGCAGCAAGGCAACUUCAAGGCCACCUACCGCGCUGGCAUCGCCUUCUACCACCUGGGUGACUACCCCCGUGCAUUGCGCUACCUGCAGGAGGCCCGCAGCCGGGAGCCCACAGACACCAAUGUCCUGCGCUACAUCCAGCUGACGCAGCUCAAGAUGAACCGCUGUAACCUCCAGCGGGAAGACAGUGGGCCCCGGGAUGCCAUUGACUGAGGCCAAGCUGGGGGCACUGUCCCUACUGCCCUCCUACGCCGCCCAACCCCCCACUGCUCUUGCCUCACUGUAGGGCUUCCCUGACUCUUUUGUCUGUUGGUAAAGCACUUGUCACUGGUGACUGUAA